AUGGGGGAAAAACUGGCUGCAGUCCCGGGGGGGAAAGCAUUGGCUGAAAGCCCAGAGCGGCAAAGACUGGCUGCAGACCCAAGGAGGGAAAUACUGGCUGCAGACCCAGGCGAGAAAAGGCCGGCUGCUGACCCAGACAAGAAAAGCCCGGCCACUGAUCCAGACGAGAAACGCCCGGCCGCUGAUCCAGACGAGACGCGCCCAGCUACUGAUCCAGAUGAGAAACGCCCGGCUGCUGAUCCCAGAGAGACAAGCCCGGCUGCUGAUCCCGGAGAGACAAGCCCGGCUGCAGCACCGCGCAACGGGCCAGACUGGCACGACCAGCUUCAGACCCAGAGUGGGCUACACUGGCUCCGGACUCCAGAUGGUCAGCACUGGCUCCAGACCCAGAGCGGGCAAGACUGGCUUCUGUCACAGAACGGGAAAGACUGGCUCCAGACCCAGAGCGGGAGAGACUGGCCCCAGACGCCCGAUGGUCUAGCCUGGCAGUCGACUCCUGCGGCAUCUGUCUGGGUGACAAUGGAAGAAUUCUCGAGCACAUUGGACGCGAUCAGCAAGUACACGGUCAUCCCAGACUUUCCUUUACUGCCAGCUUUCCAAGCGAUCCAGCAGUUCCAGAGCUUGCCGGAUUUCUUGAUAUUUCCGGCGUUUUUGACAUUAAGGCAUCGGGAUUAUUCCACCCCUGCAUUUCCACGGGGUCGUGUUCUACCACAUGAUGGGGUCAUCCACGCUAUGAGGGCUUUUGAGAGAUUCGCGGACGAAGCACGGGGACGAAGCCAAUUAGCUUCCGGCGCUCUGGUCUAUGCAUGUCAAAAUUGGGCCUUCCAUCUUUCGCGAGCUCCGAAUCCAUGCGAUGACAGUCUGUUUAAGUCUUUCUGGAAUCGUCAUCUCCUCUGCUGGCUCGAAAGGCAGUGGUGUUUGAAGGGUCUGCAGUCUUGCCUUGCUAUUUUAUUUGAAGGGCAGAAAUUUGUUUCGUCAGAAGGACUGGGACUUGUACUGUCCAAAGAGCAGAAAUUCUCAAAGGUAUAUCAAUUUGCACCCGAGAUCGGAUGUGUUGUAUCAAGCUUGAUUGCUAUUAUUAGUUUUGUCGUUCUGUCAUUUUUAGUUGGUAAGCCUCUAGCUGAAACGAUUGUGGCUGCUACAUUCUGCCUGUUCGCGAUAGUCUUUGUUCAAUAG